GAUGCCACCGCCGCCAUGUCGCCCGGUCCCCGCCGCAGGCGUCGGCAGAUGUUUCCCAGCAACGCCUUGGCGCCCCGCGCUGCGCAGGCGCCAGGCGUCCGCCGCGCAUGUGCAGGGGGCAGAGGCCAAAGGGCGCGGCGCGGCGGCGGCGGCAAGAUGGCGGACAAAGAGAAGAAAAAGAAGGAAAGCAUCUUGGACCUGUCCAAGUACAUCGACAAGACUAUUCGGGUGAAGUUCCAGGGAGGCCGCGAAGCCAGUGGAAUCCUGAAAGGGUUUGACCCACUCCUCAACCUCGUGCUGGAUGGCACCAUCGAAUACAUGAGAGACCCGGACGACCAGUACAAGCUCACAGAGGACACCCGGCAGCUGGGCCUGGUGGUGUGCCGGGGCACCUCCGUGGUGCUCAUCUGCCCGCAGGACGGCAUGGAGGCCAUCCCCAACCCCUUCAUCCAGCAGCAGGACGCGUAGCAGGCAGCAUGCCAUGCCCAAGGACUCGGGCUGCCCUCCCCCGUGACGGGCCAUCUGCAGGGACAGAACUUUACUUUUUGUAUAGGUUAUGUUUUUGUUUUCUUAAUAAAAUUGCAAACCUCAAGUAUC